CAAAAACAUUCACCCUGAUUCUAACUAAACUUUUAGAUCUAACUUCCAUCUUAGAGGACAGGGGAACAGAGGAACCAGUUAGUUACACAAUGCCACGAGGAAGACAUCAGGUGACCGUAGAACACGUUAUCUACAGAACACGGUAUCUACAACUAGCCUUAUCUUUUCAAAAAGGGUCCAAGGCAAGGAGCGUGCUCUAGAUUAAAAGAUAUUUAAGAGACAUAACCAUAUGUAAUGCAUGAUCCUUGAUGGCACUUCAGUGGGAAAACUGUGAAAAUACUUUUGGGAUGAUUAGAGAAAUUUUAAUAUAGAAUUAGCAUUAAACUUACUAUGAAGUGUGUUCAUUCUGUUAGAUGUCACAAUGAUACUGUAGUUAUGUAACAAAAUGUCCUUUUUCAGGGAAAUGCAUGCUGAAGCAUGUAGGUGUAGGGUUUCAUGCUGCAACCUACUUUGAGAUAACUUAGUUAUAUAAAUGGAUAUGAAGCAGACACAGCAAAGUGUUAACUAUUGUUGAAUCAAGAGGUCAGGUUGAUAUGUAGGUCAAUAUUCACUUUUUUUUUUUUACUUUUCUGUUUGUUUGGGAAUUUUACAAAACUUAGAGGAAUGGCCUGCAGAUGCAAAAAAAGCAUAAACCUGGCCUGACAGUGUUUUGGGAAGAGCAAGCCUGAUUGUCUCCAAGGGCCUUGUUUGCACUGGACACUGUGGAAGGGUCAUUCACUCUUUGAGUUCCCCAGAGCAAUGGAGAUAGUCAUUUGCUCCAGAAUGUAUGAGAGUUGGGGAAGAAUUAAUAUACUUCCCAGCGCACUCAAGUUAUUGUUAGGAAUAAUAAUAACUCACUGGCAGGAUCAGACUGAAUAAUUCAUGUUAUGACCGUAAAGGGAAUGCUCAUAUGUUAAGUUAUUGUUAGCUGGAUUUUUUUUCCCCAAAAUUAAGUCACCUAGAAUUACCUCCUUUAUAUGAGGUAUUUUUGUGAUAUUUUUUCUUUUCUUUUCUAAAUCAAUUCUUUCUCCCAAACAUGAAGCAGUUGUCCUAUCUGCUCAGGCACAGAUGUAGAGUAACAGUAAAAAGGCAGAACUGUGUCCUGAAAUACACUGUUCCUAAAAUAGAGCUGUUGCUUAAGAUGUGAGUUUACUGCCCCAACCAGCUCCUGUUUCUGAUGUGAUUUCAGGGAGCUGGACUGUGCCAUGUUGCGUCGCCUGGAGAAGAGGAUUCUGGUUGAUCUCCCCAGCCAGGGGGCCAGGCAGGCCAUGAUCCACCACUGGCUGCCCCCUGUGAGCAAGAACACAGCCUUGGAGCUGCGCACCGAGCUGGAAUACAGCGUGCUGAGCCAGGAGACAGAGGGCUACUCGGGCUCAGACAUUAAGCUAGUCUGCAGAGAAGCAGCCAUGCGGCCUGUGAGGAAGAUCUUCAGUGCAUUGGAAAACCAUCAGUCAGAGAGCAGCAAUUUACCUGGGAUCCAGCUGGAUACAGUGACCACUGCCGACUUUCUGGAUGUGCUAGCUCACACCAAGCCUUCAGCAAAGAAUCUCACUCAGAGAUACUCAGCCUGGCAAAGUGAAUUCGAGUCUGUUUGAAUUCACAUUUAUCCUGACCUGGCCACAUACACAAUCGCAGAGGCCUCCUGGUUUAUUAACUUAAGAGGGAAAAGAGCAUAAUGAUUGGAAUAGAAAAAAAAUUAUUCUGGAAGACUGGGUUAAUUUGGACAACUGUAUUGUUUUGGAAAUAUGAGAUAUUUUCAUUAAUUUUUCAUGAUUGAUGUCAACAAAAUACAGAAUUUCAGUUACAGGUAUGUGUGCUAUUAAGCCAUGCAAUGGAGGCUAUUCUUACAAUUAGACUCCAUAAAAUUUUGAUGAACAAUUUCUUGUGGUGUUCCUCCUUUGUGGACUGGUAUUUUCAUUUCAAAGAAAAACAUGUAAUUAGGUAAGUGCUGGAAUGCACUGGAUGAUUUUGAGUUGGGGAACCAAUCAGAAGUUAAGCUUGACAGGCCAUCUGACCGGCUGGCAGUUCAAGGGCAGAUAAGGAUGAGGGCAGGGAAGGAAAUGUCAAGUCUGUUUCUUUGGACAAUAUACUGUAUCUCAUCAGCUCUCCCUAAUUCCGGUUUUAUCCGCAGCAAUCUCCUACCAGACUAGGCCCCACUCAGAAAGCCUCUGACCCACCUCCAGAGAUGAGUGCUUCGGGUCUACAGCUAACAGUGGUGGCUAAGUACACCUCAACCAUUAGCUACCAUUGUUUUGAGUUCUAGGCCCUAAUAACAUUUUUUGACCAUUCAUGUCUUAUAUCCUGUGUGUUCUGCCCUUUUCUUCCCAAUGCCAUAGCUUCCUAAUGGAGCCAAACUUAGGAUGGGGCACCUGAGCUUCUAGAACAGUCACCAUGAGUCUCCCCAGUCCUGGGCUUAUCCACAUCUCCUUAUGGGUUAUAAACAGCUGCAAACAUCUCCCUUGGAAACCCACCAUCUGAAGCAUCUACUUUUAACUCUUGAAAGAUUUUGAAGGCUUCCAUUAAGUAAUGCCUCCCCUCUUCCCAACUAUAACUUACCUAUGGUAAAUUACCUUCUUUUCCUUAUUUUCUUCACCCCUGCAAGGCAGAUUCCUCUGGAGAAGAAAACUUCCAGGAAAAGGGACAUUUUGUAUAGUUAAAUAUUCCAAAGGUUUUACCCUUUUAAACAAAAACAAAGCAUAUUUGGGGUAUUGAUUAUUUUGAGUGGAAUACUCUCAUAUGCCCCUUAAAAUGUCAUUUCAUAGAAAAAUGCAGUCAAAUAGAAAAUGUCUUAUAUAAUGAAUUUAAAAUAAGACAUUUCAUCUUUGUAUAUGCUAAACUUAAACUUCUUAUAAUCAUGAGGUAUUACACUAUACCUUGGUGUGUAAGUCUCUAAAUGGCCUCAAACUGCUGUACUGUUCAAUUCCCAUCUGCCAGUUCCUGGUUUUGGUUUGUUUUUUUUUCUGUUAGUUACAUUUCUUGUAGCUGUUAGUCCAUUUACGUGUGGCCACUGCCACCCUUUUGAUUUCACAAAAUCUCAGGAUGGAAACUCAACUGUUGCUUAUUUGCUGUGAAAAGUAGAUACAUGCUUUUAAGAAUGAAUAGGUAAAGGGACAGAGAAGAUGCUCCUGUGCACGCUUUGUGGCAGUAUGUUUGGGCCCUCUUAGCUUCUGUGGAUUCCUGACUCCAUUCACGGUAAAAGUGGCUUGGCAUUGCUCACAGCAAACACAUGGUAACUUGCUUCCACUUCUAAAACCCCACACACAACGUACUGUGUACUUACUCACCUCCAUGUUCUUCCUCCAUUCCUUCUAAUUAUUUCCAGGUUCAUCUUUCUAAUACUUCCAUCUACAUUCAGUCCCAUGACCAAUCCUCUUCUCCUUUUCUCCUUGGAAAGUAUGUCUCCAAGUAAUUAUGCUUAGAUGUUUUAGGUCAUGCUUUUAUUCCAGUGGCUUCUUCUUUAUCAGGUUUAUAACCUAAUGGCUUCCUGCUUUGGAUGAAAUGAAAUGUAGCUCUCUCAUCCCUCUGCUGGGCCUCUAUCACACAUACAUGUCUUUAUCUAUCACCCCCAAAUGAUUACAAGUACAG